AGCGCGAUUAUUUAUUCGAAGAAGGUUCUCAAAUAUAUGUUUUUUGAGAACAACUACUCUUCAAUAUCAAGCUAGUUGUCUUUCAUUUAGACAGAAUACUUGCAACUUUUUUAUUACUAAGUGAUUUAGCAGGUAAACAUUUGUAUUAAGAAAGAUAUUCAUGUUCGUCCAAUUAUAAUUAAACUUGUCCCAAGACAUCAUUAGAACUGCUCAAGAACAAAUUUCCAGUGGAUGGUCUUCUGAAAAAGCUAUCACUUCAUAGAAUACAGUAUAUUUAGCUAGUCUCAUUCACACUUAGUGGUCUUGCUUUUCUUAUCCUUUAGUACUUUUACUUUUCUUCUCCACGUAGUGCGUUUUUUCCACAAUAAUUAUUCUGGCAAAAAUAAAGUCAUGCACUUGGAAUAGUUCAAGAACAAAAGCAACAGUUGCUUCAAAGCACAUAAACUCAUCAAAUACACUUUCCAAAUACAUCAUAAGUUCUUGUAUUUGCAGCCAUGGGAUUCUUGAAAAUCUUUCUUAUUUUGAUCUUUUGUUCUUUCCUAUGGCCUAGUAUUCAGACUGAUCUAGAGACUUAUAUAGUCCAUGUUGAAUCACCUGAAAGCCUAACUUCUACUCAAUCAUCGUUAAUGGAUUUAGAGAGCUAUUACCUUUCUUUUUUGCCUAAAACUACAGCAAUGAGCUCUAGUGGAAACGAAAAGCCUGCUAGAAUGAUCUAUUCAUAUCACAAUGUGAUGAAAGGCUUUGCAGCAAGAUUAACUGCAUCACAAGUGAAGGAAAUGGAGACGAAACAGGGCUUUGUCUCUGCACGUAAACAGAGGAUUUUGUCUUUGCAAACUACUCAUACUUCAAGCUUUCUUGGUUUGCAGCAGAACAUGGGCUUGUGGAAGGAUUCCAACUAUGGGAAAGGCGUGAUUAUCGGAGUUAUAGACAGUGGAAUCUCACCUGACCAUCCUUCGUUUAGCGAUGUUGGGAUGCCUCCUCCUCCUGCUAAAUGGAAAGGAGUUUGUGAGUCCAAUUUCACGAACAAAUGUAACAACAAGCUCAUUGGAGCAAGGUCUUACCAACUUGCCAAUGGUUCCCCAAUAGAUGAUAAUGGACAUGGUACACAUACAGCGGGUACAGCUGCAGGAGCCUUUGUGAAUGGUGCUAAUGUAUAUGGGAAUGCUAAUGGCACUGCAGUUGGUGUUGCCCCUCUUGCCCACAUAGCUAUAUAUAAGGUAUGUAGUACUAGUGGCGGUUGUUCAGACAGCGAUAUUUUAGCUGCCAUCGAUGCAUCUAUUGAUGAUGGGGUAGAUAUUCUUUCAAUCUCCCUUGGUGGAAGUCCAAAACCUUUCUAUGAUGACAGUAUUGCUCUCGGGGCAUAUAGUGCAACGGAAAGAGGUAUAUUUGUAAGCUGCGCUGCAGGCAAUAGCGGUCCUUCGUUUGCCACAGUAGGAAAUGCAGCUCCGUGGAUUCUCACGGUAGGUGCCAGCACACUUGAUAGAAAGAUAAAAGCAACUGUUAAGCUUGGAAAUAGAGAGGAAUUUGAAGGAGAAUCUUCUUAUAGUCCAAAAUUUUCCAACUCAACAUUCUUCACUCUGUUUGAUGCUGGUGAAAAUACAACUGAUGUAUUUGAAACCCCUUAUUGUAUACCAGGAUCACUUACUGACCCUGCUAUAAGAGGAAAAAUAGUCUUAUGUCUAGCAGGCGGUGGCAUUACCAAUGUUGAGAAAGGCCAAGCAGUAAAAGAUGCCGGAGGUGUUGGCAUGAUUAUCAUCAACCCUUCACGUUAUGGUGUCACUAAAUCAGCUGAUGCUCAUGUUCUUCCAGCAAUGGAUGUUUCAGCUGCAGAUGGACUAAAAAUUCUUGCAUAUAUGAACUCAACAUCGAACCCUGUUGCUACAAUCACGUUCCAGGGAACGAUAAUUGGAGAUAAAAAUGCUCCCAUUGUUGCCGCAUUUUCUGCUCGGGGACCAAGUCAAGCUAGUUCUGGCAUCUUGAAACCUGACAUAAUUGGUCCUGGUGUUAAUAUCCUUGCAGCUUGGCCUACAUCCGUUGAUGAAAACAAAGAGACAAAAUCCACAUUCAAUAUGAUCUCAGGCACCUCAAUGUCUUGUCCUCACCUUAGUGGUGUAGCAGCUUUGCUGAAGAGUGCACAUCCUGAUUGGUCUUCUACAGCUAUUAAAUCUGCAAUGAUGACAACCGCUGACACAUUAAACCUUGCCAAUAGUCCAAUACUAGAUGAAAGGCUCCGUCGUGCUAAUGUCUAUGCAAUUGGUGCAGGGCACGUUAAUCCAUCGAGAGCAAAUGACCCUGGACUAAUUUAUGAUACCCCAUUUGAGGACUAUGUUCCUUAUUUUUGUGGUUUGAACUACACAAAUCAACAGGUAGGUAACCUGUUGCAACGCAAGGUGAAUUGCUCGGAGUUGAAAAGUAUCCCUGAAGGACAAUUAAAUUAUCCUUCAUUUUCCAUCGGACUUGAAUCAAUUCCUCAGACAUAUACCAGAACCGUGACCAACGUUGGUGAUGCUAUAUCAUCUUACAAGGUGGAGAUAGCUUCACCAAAAGGAGUUGUCGUGGAAGUUGAACCGUCUGAACUAAGUUUCUCCCAGCUGAACCAGAAGUUAACAUACCAAGUGACAUUUUCCAAAACAACCAAUAGCUCAGAUGUUGAGAUUGUUGAGGGAUUUUUGAAGUGGACUUCUAAUAGGCACUCUGUGAGAAGUCCAAUUGCAGUUGUUUUACUCUAAUGAAACUACAAGACUUCAAAUUCUAGUAUUAAUGCGUUCAAUAUAAAAUGCAGUAUAGUAAGUGCAGAAAGUACUCAAAACAUUUGAUUAUAAUGAAAAUGUUGUUUCCACUUAGUA